CAAGAGUAAAUAGUAAGCAAAGUUUCCCUGAAGCGUUGAGACGGCUGGUCCGUCCUAUUAUUUUUUUUGUAGUGUUAUAUUUUUUACAUGAUCGAAACGUUUUUGAUUAAGCAAAAUGGCUCCUAGCCCAGUGGAUGAAAUGACAAUGUUGGAUUUAGACAGAUCAAACCGUGGUGCAUCUAAACAGAGAAGAGACCAAAUCAACACAGAAAUAGGAACAAUGAGAGAUCUGCUUCCAUUGGCUGAGUCAGCCAGACAGCGACUUUCGCAAUUACAAAUAAUGUCGCUGAGCUGUGUAUAUAUCCGGAAGUGCAACAUCUUACAAAAACUUUUUCGAUCAUCACGCCAGGGAAAAGAUUUACCCUGUGACUUUUUCCAGGCGCUUACUGGAUUUAUAUUAGUAACCACAAGAGAGGGAAAAUUAUUGUAUAUCUCAGAAAACGUAACGGAUUUCCUGGGACAUUCUAUGGUGGAUAUGAAAACACAAGGGGAUAGUUUAUACGAUAUUGUUGAUAAAAGGGAUCACGUGGCCGUGCAGACACAGUUACAAGGAGGUGACGUCACAAGUUCACAAGAUGUCGCUUUCUUCUGCAGAAUGAACAUGUCGAGAAGUUUAAAACGCCAAGCUGGUUUUGGCGAUGUAAAGGUAAUGCACGUUCGUGGACAUUUUACCUCCGUGCCCGGAAGUGAAACUGGAAGCGACCAACAGUAUGUUUUUAUGGCCACCUGUACCCCUUUGAUCACACCGGAACUAAAAGAAAAUUUGGUACAAAACAACACUAUGAUCUUUAAAACAGUCCACCAACUGGACAUGAGCUUCAUGGAGAUCACUGAAACAGCGGAGCAUCAUCUUGGAUACACAAAUAACGAGAUUAGUCGGAAGUCAUGGUACACAUUAUUACACCCUGAAGAUAUUCAUGUUGCUAGGGAGAAACAUGUACAAUUGAUCAGAUCCAGUCAUGAAAUGGGGUGUAUGGUGACAGUACGCAUGCUCAGAGCUAAUGGUUCUGUAAUAUGGAUAAAUAUGGUUAUGCACGUGAGACAAGCUGCGGUAGUCUCAAACGACGAGCCCGUUAUAGUGUGUAUUAACCAGGUCAUUAGUGAGCAGGAAGCCUAUCAAUUUAAAAUACAGAGCAACACGUUCAGUAUUUACCCAUUGAGGAGUGAUAACAUGUGGAGUUCGGGAGUUGGUAAUCUGCAAUCAACACACCAAACUAAUCAGUGGAUUCCCAACUCUCCAAACUAUGGACAGUAUCCAACCAUGCGACAAUCACCACCUGGAUUCCAGGAUCAUUUAUCUCAACCACAGUACCUAAGACGAGGUUGCACUGAACAACGAAACAAAUCUGCGUCACUCCAAACUGAGAAGGUUAAGCAAAUGCUGCAGAAGAAACUCACUGGAUGCAAGCCUGCCAAGAUUCCUAGAGUCUCCUCCACAGAUCGCACUGAUAAACCUGCCGGUUACCAAGGAGAUUUUGGACUCCGCCCUACAACAAACUCUUACUUCGGCUCUUUCGAAUCUUUCUGUGACACAUCGCUUUCGUUGGAAUCUCUCUGGCAUGCACCUACCCAGGUGAUGUCAGUCAGUAACUACUCAGUGUCAUCAGAACCCACUAUGCAGAAGAAGGGCGUUAUUGUUGAACCAUCCAUGCUGAGACACUCGGCAUGUUUGAGUCCAAAUCUCUUGGAGCAGGUUGUUCCUGAUUCUGGGUGUAUUGUUCCUGAUUCCUACUUGACACCUGAGCCUUCGCCGGCGUCAAGUCCGGAACACAAAUCUUCCAGCGAACAAACAACUGGCUUAGAUAGCUCUUUCGAAUUGCUGGAUGAUUUGUCAAAGAUUGAACAGUUUCAACAGGUCCAGAAGAUAAGAGAGGAGAGAAGCUUAGCAGAAAAAACUGGAAUGAAGAGGAAGAGAAAGGAACUGCCUUUAAUGGAUUCGUUGGAUAUUGAGUCAUUUUUUGAUAAGUUGACCCCACAUAUGAAGCGUGAAUACCCUGAAGUUAAACCGGUGAUUAAAGCAAAAAGUAAACCAGUGAAAUCAAAAGACUUGCUUCCUGUAAUUGAUUCAUCUUAUCUGGAGGCUUUCUUCAACAUCAUUGAUGAUGUCGAGGAACAGUUGAAAAAAACAGCUAGCGCACAGGCGGCUGUUAAACAAGAACCGGUGGAACAGAACAUGGUGUCAAUGACGCCAUGUUUCAGACCUUUCUAUCCAACGCCAACAACUAUGCAGUCAUCCCAAAGUCCUCUUCAUAGUGUGCCUUCUCCUGUAUCAUCAGUACACGAGGAAUUCUCACCUGGCCCAAGCUACGCAUCUGAAUUAUCAGAAGAAGAAUUAAUAGACGAAUUUAAUAGUACACCAGUUGAGAUGUCACUCACCGUUGAUGUAGCUGAAGUUAAAGAUGAAUUCGAGGCUCUGCAGCAAUCUCACUUCCAACCAGAAACAAACGAAACCGAGUUGUUACAACUCCAAAGGCUCCUCAGUUCACUUGUACCAAAUUCAGGUUCGCGAAACCUUUUAAAAGACCCCCAGUAGGAAAAUUUUGUGUAAGCUCCACUUACAGAUGUUCCCAGUAUGGCAUAUUGCCAUUGUUAGCUAAACAGUCAUUGGAUGAGUCCUUUGGCAUGCUGCUGGACAGCUCUUAGUGUUUUAUCAUUAUUCAUUGGUUAAAAUGCCAAAAACUUUAUAGCUGCUGGACAGUUGAACAUUAAUAGGUUCGCCGGUCGAUCCUAUUCCCUCUCUUUGUGGUUUAAUAUAAACGUUUAUAUAACGAAGUUACUAAGGAAACAAACUGCUGGUCAGUGAAGAAAAAAAAUCACGGAAACUUGCUUACUACGUAACUUGUGAAUCUAUUUUUAUAAUAUAUGGAUUCCUGUUGAUCAGGACUAUUAUUAAACAGGAGGACUUGUUGAUCAAGUCAGCUUUGAGCGAUGGAAGUAUUAUUAGAGUUAGCUAUCAUCUUAAUGACGUCAUUAUGUGCCUUAUGAGGAAGUGACGGAAUAUUAUCAUUUUGCGUCGUGGCUGACCAUUUCUUCUUUAUUUUUGUGCUUAGUUCAUACAGAUAGCUUUAUAUACUUACAUAUAUUAUGAUAAUCAAAUUUAUUAUAUUGUUGAUUUGUUUAAUACGAAACUAUGGCAACUGCUAUUUCAAUAUAUCUUUGUUUAUAAAAGAUCUAAAUUGGCCAUCUUUUCCCAGUUUAGCAUGUUUUUUAUGUAUUAAAUUUAGACAACUCAAAUUUUUGGAGAAAUCAGCAAUUUCAAGGCUAUCGCUGGUCGAUAACAAAGAAAGUUGCGAUUUCUUUUUAAAUUUCAUCAAAAUUAGUUAUAAGAGUUCUAAAAUCAUUACCCACUAGUGUUCUAAUACUUCAGAAACUUACAAAAUAUCCGAAGUCUGUCUCCUCACAAGACAACGUUUCAGCAUUGCAUAUAUAUCUAUUAGUCAUAAUUCUAUUGUCAUAAUCAUUUAUCUUGCAUUUUGUUCAUUAGUAAUCAAUAGUUCAUAUCUAUAUCCUUAAUUUUAUGUUGCAUUAUAUAAUUAUUUUGUUAAUUUUAAGCUGCGCUGGUCGCAAAUAUAUCAUGUAGAGUUAAAUAACAUUAAAGUGUUCAUAACUAUUGUUGUCAAAAUUAAGAUUUGAAUUGAUACGAUCUCGGAAAGUUUUUGGAAUUUUAAAAAGUGUCAGAAACCGCUCCUUUACGUUAUUUCAUUGUAUACGCUGGUCGUGUAUAAGAUAUGGCGUGUUGGGAACAAAUGCUGCUACAUCAGCAUAGAAAAGGUAGACCUAGUUAUCCGCCCUUAGAUCCCAUUCAAUGCAUAAAAGAGGAUCAAGGAGUAGAUAACUCGGUCUAAAAUUAAGUGACGUCAUGAGCAGAGAAACGUUCACAUCGGUACAGAAGUUAAUGCCGUCACUAAACAUUGUCGCGUAGCAGGGUAGUUUCGUUCACCCAGACUGUUUAUAUAUUCCAUCGGUUACUAAUCUCGUGAAGACUGGGGAUGUUUUGGAUGAUUGGAAACUUAAUACAGAUGUUAGUUCAAUGUGCAUUGAAAUUUGUUUAGGUACCAGAAGCGCACUUACUCGUCUAAUAAUUAAUAGCCCAUGUAUUAGGAAGGGUCUGAUUGGACGAAAUUACGAGUGGCAGUGCUGUAAGAGCACAUAAACCAAUGACGUGGAAACACCAUUACGUCAGUUAAAAUGAGUUAGAUGCGUUCUGCUCCCUAGCAUCUCUUAUUUUAUACAUUUUUCAGAUCUUAUUUCAAUUAAAGUAUAUAUAUAUAUCUAUGUUUAUGAUAAAAGAGACAGUUAUAGAUUAUAAAACGGUCCAUAAUUUAGCUGGGUCUGCUUUGAUUGCAAUAUAUCCAAAUCCGAUGGAUAAAUUCGAAUAUGUAGUUCAGAUUCAGGAAUCUGCCUAAAAAAUAACAAGUUCUAAACCGUGAGAAUAUCGUAGUCUCAAAGUAAUGUAGAUUUCAGCAGACUUUGUCACGAUUACAUGUUGAACACAUGUAAUUUCUGACAAAUGAAAAUUCGGAUUCAAUGCAAUCAAGGUCGACCAUAAUUGAUUAAAUUUUUUUGAUAACAAUUAAUGCAUUGUUUUUGGAAGUUUACAUUUUAGAAUUUUCUAAUUUAUUUUGGUAGUAAAUUAUAAAGACGCACAAAUUUAACCUUUUAUUAAAUUAGAACUUAUUGUUUAAACGUAACUAAAGUUCUGACUUGUUUAAAAAUUAGUAAAGACCAACUGUCACUUUAAAUCAGAUUUACUUUUAAAAUCGUAUUUGUAGCUAUGUAAGCCGUGUAACCAACCGUUUAAAUGCCUACAAAUCUUUAAAAGUCUAUGAAUUGUUUUGCCGUUUUCGUCAAUUUAAAUCGUUCAUUGUUCAAAUUUGUUUUCUUUCGUGUGAUUUUGGAAUUUUCUAUCAUAGAUCUUCUUUUUGAUGGUGUUUUAAAUUCUAGUUCGAUUUCAUUAAAAUUUUAAGUAAUUCUAGCUCUAGUAUAAGAUAUUUUGAAAUUUUGUGGUGCCUUGUUUAUCGAUUGAUGUUUCAUAAUGAAUUUUUCUUCGCGUUGGCUUUGUAUCACUAUCUCUAUUUUAAUGGUUCCAAUAAAUUCUUCUCUGAUAAUGA